UGAUAGUUGCUAUGCCAACAGCCAACAGCACCUAAUGGAUCCAAAACCAAGUUUCGAUAUACUGGGCAAAUUCUACUGUAAAUAUUUAUCUGGAGAUGAGCGAUUUUAUUUUGCGAAUACCACCAAUGUUUUGAUUUUUUUACCACCUACGAUCGCUCCAACGGAAACACAUGGCUCCCGCUCCCCGGGAAUCGCCCCGAAAGACUCGAGAGUCACGAGAACGAAGUCAUCAGCAUAACAAGAGGAGGACGGAAAGGAGGGCAAAAUAUGAGUCUUCAUCUUCUGGAACGAGUUCACAGGUGCUAUCGGCCAAUGCCCUGGCAAAACUUGAUCGUUUAAAUCGAACAGAAGCGUCAAGGCCAGCGGAGGUCACACCAACAAAACCAAGGAAGAAACGACAGCACAGAGAAGUAGUGGAAGAGAAGAUAGUGGUAGAAAAGAGGCGGCAGCAUAAAAAGAAAAAGAGGAGGGUAGUCAGUGGAGCAUUGCUUGAGGAAGGAGACGGUUCGAGACUUAGAGGAAUAAGGGGUGGAGCGAGGUAUGAAAAGGACGAAUACGAUUCGGAUGAUGGAAGGGGGAAGAAGAAGCGAUUAUGGCUUUGGGUUGGAAUUGCUUUACUCAUUACAAUCAUUAUAGUCGUGGUUGCAGUGGUUGUCAGUCAGAAAAACUCCUCCAAAUCUACUUCAACGAGCUCGAGCACAUCAUCAUCAAGCGAUAACAAGCCAUCAAAUUCAAAUCUCAACGGCAUAUCAGAGUCGGACAUACCAGUAGAGGCUAAAGGGACGGAUCUGGACCCCUUUUCCUGGUAUGAUACGACAGAUUUCAAUGUCACAUACACCGCUGUCACAGUUGGAGGUCUUCCGAUCAUUGGGUUGAAUUCAGAAUGGGACGACUCGAAAAGUGCGACGUCAAAUUCUCCCCCAAUUUCGGCUUCCUGGGGAUCGUAUGCCGAUACGCCUGCUAGAGGAGUGAACCUUGGAGGAUGGCUGUCGUUGGAACCAUUUAUCACACCGUCCUUAUUCAACUACCCAGGGGCCGUCGACGAAUGGACAUUGACAGAGCAUUUGGGAACUGAUGCCAAGGCGACUCUGGAGAAGCAUUAUGCAACAUUUGUGACAGAACAAACGUUCAAAGACAUUGCGGCUGCCGGAUUGGAUCACGUUCGAAUACCAUUCUCAUAUUGGGCAGUGGUAACUUAUGAUGGUGACCCAUAUGUUUACCGAGUUUCUUGGAGGUACCUUUUAAGAGGUAUCGAGUGGGCGCGCAAGCAUGGCCUUCGUAUCAAUCUCGACCUUCACGGAAUACCUGGAAGUCAAAACGGUUGGAAUCACAGUGGGCGUCUAGGUGCAAUUGGGUGGCUGAACGGACCCGAUGGGGCAUUGAACGCCAAUCGAUCGCUUACUGUCCAUGAUCAGCUCUCUCAGUUCUUCGCACAGGAUCGAUACAAGAAUAUCAUCACAUUCUACGGCCUUGCAAAUGAACCAAAAAUGACAGCUCUACAGACAUCUGAUGUCUUGGCCUGGACUGUCAGCGCUUAUGAGCUAGUUCGGAAGAAUGGUAUCAAUGCUUAUGUGGUAUUUGGAGACGGAUUCAUGGGUCUCGGGAACUGGAAAGGCAAACUCUCGGGCUAUGAUGGUCUUGUUCUUGAUGUCCAUCAAUAUGUCAUCUUCAACAAGAACCAAAUCGACUUUACUCACUCGAGAAAAGUCGACUAUGCUUGUUCGGACUGGAGUACACAGACUGAGCAGAGUAUGAGCGUGUCCACAGGAUUUGGUCCGACUAUAUUCGCAGAAUGGUCCCAAGCAGACACCGACUGCGCUCCUAAUCUCAACAAUGUUGGGUGGGGAACUCGUUGGGAGGGAAACUACAAAUCAGGCGAUGCAUCCACUGAAGUCCUCACUCCAGGGUGCCCCGCCAAAAGCUCAGCAUGUAGUUGCGCGAAUGCCAACUCCGAUCCGAGCACUUACAGCGAUUCGUACAAGCAAUUCCUACAGAUGUUUGCAGAAGCGCAGAUGCACAGUUUCGAGAGGGGAUGGGGUUGGUUCUACUGGACAUGGGCGACGGAAGGAGCUACGCAGUGGAGCUACCAGCGUGGUCUUGCUGCAGGAAUCCUGCCGAAGAAGGCGUAUGCGCCGGAAUUCAAUUGCUCGGCCAGUAUACCGAGCUUCUCAGAUUUACCGGAGUAUUAUUGAGAGAGAUUUAGGAGGAUAUGCACAAAAGGGAGUAAAUAUAUGUAUAAUGGCAAUGAUGCGCGACAUGGACUGAAUAUCUACUAGAUGGAUAUGUGCCCCGGCACAGGUAGAUUGGAGUUUGGAGUUGGGCUGUGAUGAACUGGGCAUGUUGGAGUUCUGGAUGAUGAUAUCUUAGCGAAUGAGAACCGGAUUGUUUGUUUCCCAUACUAGCCUAGGCGAAAGCAUUGAAUUUGGACAUGGCAAACUUCCAACGGGGCAUUUGCUCUGACGUAGUUAGAACAGUCUAUACAGAAUAGGAUACUACUCAGAUUGGUCCUUCAGAAUCAAUUUGAAAAUACAGAAUUCUGACCAUGGGCCCUCUGUGACAUGAUCCUUGGACUUCAAUCGUCCUGAGCAUCCGUCUUCUCCUUGCGUUCCAUGCCUGUGCUCCCAGGUUGCGACAGGUUGAUCGUGAUAGGACCUGAAAGCUUGCUCUUAGCCGCCAUUUCCAUUCGUCCUAUUUGUCCUUUCGUCUCCUCGAUAACGUCGUCGACUACCCUCCUCUCUCGUUCCUCAGCAUCGCGAACCACCCGCUCCGCUGUGUGCUCUCUCCUCGAUUUCCGUCGCCAGAUCUUUAACUUUGACACCAAAUGCAUGCUCGAUUCGUUCCGCUCGGUCUGCAUACUCUUUGACUUCUCUACUCGCAUUCGUAGCAAAGUUAUCUUUGUGUGCCUGGAUAUCUUUGGCAACCUCCCGGGCUUGUUGCGCAUAGUGGCCGAUCUCUGAAGCCAAGUUCUUCACUUUGCUGCCGACACCAGCUUCAACCUCUUUGCCUUUCUCGAAAACACUUUCCACCCUUGGCAGCGACAUACUGGGAAACUUGUAUACAGGAGCAGCUUCGGGUGGCACAAGUGACUUUCGUGCCGAGUUGUGGCCAGCAAAGCGAUCUGGUGUGCUCGCUUCCAAUUCUGUUUUCACCUCGUCAUACAUAGACUCGACCAUGGCCACGACGGCAUGAACGUCCAGAUUACAAUCCGGACGACUGAAAUCUCGUUCUCUUUGCUCAAUGAAUUCCCGGACUCGUUUCCAUUCCGUCUGGUAAUACUUAAAACGAUUUGGUAAACCUGAUCCUUUCAAGAAUGUCAAGAUGCCAGCGAAGACAGUAUUGAUGGCGCCGAAAACCGUCACGGCUCCUCGACUGCCUCCUGCUGCUCCAAGCGCUGUUAAUGCAGCCGCUACUACGAUCUGCAGUCCCAAACAUCCAUUUAUGAGCCAGGAAAAGUAUUUGUAUCCGACUUUUGCUGUCCCUUCGUUGUGUAUUACCCGAGCAUAUAUUCCCAGAUUCGGAGCAGGUCGACCACCAGAAGAGAAAAAGGUGUCAGAAUGCGACAUGGACGGGUGUGAAAUGAUACCAGUGAGAUGCCGGAAGAGAUUCAGAUUGUCGCUUGGAUCCAGUUCAGGUCGGCCGUACGCGUCAACUAAGACGCGCUGCGUGGAUGCUUCUGAAGUUCCAUGCUGUCCCAUUUUCCCGUUCUCGAUAUCAUUCGCUUUGGAUUUCUGAGCUUUCUGCUUCGAUGGGAAUGCAAUUUGGAGAAUAUCUUUGCACUUUCGAAGGAGACCCAUUUUUUAAAGGUCUCUUCUUACUUGGGAGUACUCGGGGAAAACAAAACUUGAAGGCACACGACGGUUCAUUGGGAGAGAUUCGACUUGAUAAGGAAAUCGCGCUCGGGAAGAUCAUUGAUCAUACACUAUCCCAUGCAGCACACAGCUAUUCCUUGCCUCCAUAGGCGCAAGUCUCAAAAUGAAUCCGGACGAUUUGCAGAGUAUGUGAGACAUGCCAGCCUGUAGCGGUGUCGCUUCAGUCGGACGGGA